CAAGGUAAUUAUACAAGUCUUGUGCUCUUCAGGUGAACAAAAGUUGAUUGCUAAACAAUCAAUCAUCUCUGUGCCAAAACACACAGGUAGGUUAAACAUUAAUGGAUAUAGUUCAAAUGAGGUGCAGACUUUUUCAGACCACACAAAGAAAGAGGACCACUGCUGAUAUGGCUGAUUUUGGAGAGAUCCUGAUGAGCGUUGGAGAGUUUGGAUUAUUCCAGAAGCUCCUUCUGAUUGCACUUUGCUUUCCAAACUGCUUUCAGUCCUUUUUUCUAGCAAGCCUCCUAUUCAUCGAGUCAGAUCCGGAGCGGCACUGUAACACAGACUGGAUCCUCAGGGCUGAUCCUAACCUGACCACAGAUGAGCAGCUGAACCUGACUCUGCCCCGGGAGGAGGAUGGGACCUUCAGCAGGUGUCAGAUGUUCGUCCCUGUGGACUGGGACAUUGGUGCCAUCAGGGAGUACGGACUCAAUGAGACAACAGGUUGUAACAAUGGAUGGGUGUACGGCAAGACCCUGUAUGAAGCCACCAUAGUCACUGAUUUCGAUCUAGUUUGUGAUAAGGCCGACUUAGUGGAAGUGGUACAAGCAGUGAUGAUGGCCGGUGUUAUUAUUGGUUCCCUGGUAUUUGGACCUUUUGCAGAGUCGUUUGGUCGCAAACGAGCAACUCAAAUUCCAGUAGUAGUGGUAUUAAUAUUUGCCAUGACGACAGCGCUGUGCCCCAAUGUCUACUUUUAUUUAGUAUCCCAGCUCUUUGUGGGAAUUGGAGGUGGAGGAUAUCGAGUCAACUGUGUUAUACUCGCGACUGAGUGGAUCGGGGUGUCCAAACGAUCUUUUGGAGUUUGUGUGACUCUGCUACUUGGUGCAGUUGGACAGUGCGUCCUCGCUGGUGUGAUCUACCUCAUCAGAGACUGGAGACUGGCUCAGCUAACCAUAGCAUGUGCAUAUGCAGUGAUAGUUAUUUACAUAUGGUUUAUUCCAGAAUCAGCCAGAUGGUUGUUAAACAGAGGAAGGACGGAAGAGGCCAAACAGCUGAUGGUCAAGGCAGCCGCCAUCAACAAACGAACUGUUCCAGACUCUCUGUUGGAAGAGGUUUCAGUGAAAGACAAUGUGAACAAAGAGGGCAUAAAAACAAUUUUCAGAUCGUCUCUCUUGAUCAGAUAUUUCUUCAUUGUACUAUUGGCAUGGUUUUCUUUGAACGUGACCUUCUACAGCCUGUACUUGGGUAUGGGAAAUUUUGGCUUCAGCAUCUUUUUGAUACAGCUCAUGUACGGUGCUAUUGAAAUACCAGCUAUUCUUCUCAACAUGUGGCUGUUGGAGGUUUUUGGGAGAAGAAUAUUAUUCAUUUUUACCGCUCUGAGUGGAGGACUCUGUUCCGUUCUUACCCUAGCUGUUUCCCAAGGAUACCCCAUUGCUCUUACAGCUUUAGCUGUCGGAGCACGUUUUUUCCUGAUCUGGAGUUGUUCUAUAUGUGGUAUUUUUGUCCAGGAGUUGUUUCCAACUUCUGUUCGACAAACAGCCACAGCUUUCGGAAACAUGUCAGCCAGAGCAGGAGGGUUAGUGGCGCCACUGCUCAGCAUCCUGGCCACGUACCACUGGGCCAUCCCCACCACAGUCUUCAGCAGCCUUACACUGGUCAGUGGAUUUCUCGGCUUCUUGCUCCCCGAGACCAGGAGGAAGGAGCUUCCUGAAUCUACCAAUGAGGCUGAAGGCAACAGAAAUGUGACCACUGCAAGAAAAGAAAGUGUUCCCUAUCUGAAAUCUACAGAAUUGUAGACAUGUGUCUGAUUAGUUCAUUCUUGAAAUAUUCAUGAUGAAUCUGCUUCAAACUAUCAUCACGUACUGUGCGUCAGUGCUCCCCACCUAAGGGUCGGAGGAGAAAAAAAUACUUGUUUUACAAAAUAGUAACGGUAUGUCUCAUUUUUCAAGCCUUUUUUUUUUU